CGAGGUUAGGAUUCUUCUCAAAACUCACAGCACGAGAGUUUUCUAUUUCUUACUGUUAUUAAAUUUGUAAAGAGAAAUCCAGAUAGUUCUCACAAUGAGUUACUCGAAAUUUGACCUUACUUUUAAAAUUGGUCAGUAUUUAGACCGGCAUCUUGUUUUUCCUUUAUUGGAAUUUUUAGCUGCUAAAGAGACUUAUGAUCAAUCAGAACUACUACAAGCCAAGCUGGAAAUCUUGAGCAAAACUAACAUGAUUGAUUAUGUUAUUGAUAUAAGGGGCAUGCUUUAUCCUGAUGAAGAUACACCUGAAGAAAUUAAGUCACGUAGAGGUGUUGUUCUGUCUCAACUUCAAAUCCUUCAAGAUGCUGUUGAACCAGUCUUAAGGCUUAUGCAAAGAGAUGAUGUUAUGAAGACAGUUGAAACUAUGAGAGACCCAAAAACUUUGAUAAACUACUUAACAACAAACAAAGAAUUUGAGUUCAAAAUUGAAAUGAUUGACAGCAUGUACCGUCUUGCCAAGUACAGAUAUGAGUGUGGUAAUUAUGUGGAAUCAGCAUCAUAUCUUUACUUCUGUCAACUAGUUAUGUCCCCCACUGAUAAGAACUACCUUUCUGUUCUGUGGGGUAAGCUUGCAAGUGAGAUCCUUGUACAAAACUGGGAUGCUGCUCUUGAUGAUUUGACUAAAUUAAGAGAAUUUAUUGACAAUGGUGCUGGUGGAGCUACAGCUAAUAACAUGCAAGCGCUCCAGCAAAGAACAUGGCUAAUACAUUGGUCUCUGUUCGUAUUUUUCAACCACGUUAAAGGACGCGAUCUCAUAAUUGAGAUGUUCUUAUACAAACCACUGUAUUUGAACGCCAUUCAAACAAUGUGUCCCCAUAUCCUGCGUUAUUUAGCUACGGCCGUCAUCAUAAAUAGGUCGAGACGAAACGCACUCAAGGACCUUGUAAAAGUAAUACAGCAAGAAGCUUACACAUACAGGGAUCCCAUCACAGAAUUUAUUGAGCAUCUUUAUGUAAAUUUUGAUUUCGAAGCGGCACGUAGGAAGCUCAACCAGUGCCAGGGAGUGCUAUCGACAGAUUUCUUCUUGAUCGCGUGUUUGGAAGAGUUCGUUGAGAAUGCUCGUCUCAUGAUAUUUGAGACGUUCUGUCGUAUUCAUCAAGUGAUUAGUAUAGGUAUGCUGGCAGAAAACCUGAACAUGCAGCCCGAUGAAGCAGAAUGUUGGAUAGUGAAUUUGAUCCGUAACGCGCGACUGGAUGCAAAGAUUGACUCCAAGCUCGGCCACGUCGUUAUGGGAGCUCAGCCUCUGUCGCCGUACCAACAACUCGUGGAGAGGAUAGACUCUCUGGCUGUUCGCUCUGAAGCGCUGACGUCAUUGGUGGAACGGAAACAGAAAACACGAAAUCAAGAUAUCCGUUGGGGAGCACAAGAAUUCUGAGUUAAGUAAAGUUUAAAUAUUUUUUGUUCACUUGUGACCCAAUUUGUACUUUAUAUGAAUAAAUAUAUUUUCUGUCUGAUCAC